CCCAUCUGGAGCCCCGCUGGCUACGAGAGAAGGAGGAUUUUCACUUCUGAGGUGGGAGUUUUUCCCACUUUGGAAGGCUGCCCCACCCCCCUCUCCAGCUCUAGAAUCCCCUACACUUAAAAGAUCAGCUCCAGCAUUCUUUCAGCUCCUCUGUCUGCACACAGGUGCAGUGUUCUUCGGUAGACAGCUGUCUGCCCGGACAGGACAGGACAGGACCAGCCAACCGAGAGGACCAAUCAGCACUGGGGAUGCAGAGGGUCCCAGGGGCAGGGGUGGGUGGGAUUGGCUGGAGAAGGCUCUGGAAAGUGCCCUGUGGUUCCCUGGUGUUCCACACAUGGGCUAUAAAGGGGGGCAACAGCUGACAGCAGUAGGAGGAGGGCCUAAAAAUAGCCCAGAGCUCAGAGACCACAGAUAAAGAGUGUGGUGUUGGUCACCGAUUUGCAAGCGAAAGCAGCAGGAAUUAAGUUCUUCUUUUGAGGAACUGCUGUGAGGUCCAGCUCGAGGGUUUUUUUUUUUGCUGUUGUGUUUAUUGUCCUCCGUCCAGCAAAGAUGUCCAAGAUCACCAGACCGGAGAACAGUCAACCAGCAAGAGCAAUAUGGUUUGAUCGAGCAAAGUACCUGUUCAUCAACUUCUUGGUAGAAGACAGCAAGGAUGUCCAAGUUGAUAUACAGGAGAACAAAAUGAUAUUCAGGUGUAAAUCAGGGGAUGACACUGACCUCUACAAUGAGAUUUACUUCUAUGACAGAAUCCAGCCAAAAGACUCCAGAGAAAGGAAAUAUGACCGGACAAUCAAUGUCAUGCUGAGAAAAAUAAAGGAAGGUGUAGCUUGGCCACGCUUAACAAAAGAUUCGGGCAAGCCCAGCUGGUUGUCCGUGGACUUUGAUAACUGGAGGGACUGGGAGAAGGAGGAGGAGGAGGGCAUGGCUGAGUACGAGAAAUAUAUUGACAUGAUUAGAGGCGUGAGCAAAGGUGGACCACCCCCUGCCAUGGAUGACCUUGAUGAUCUCGAUGAUGACUGAGUCUUUGGUGAAGACGCAGCCAAUACUGCAAAAAGUAAAGGUUCACUUUUAUCUAGACUGGGCUUCGGGUGCAGAGCUGGUUCGGACUGAAAGAAAGUACUUGCACUGCCUCUGCGUCAGGACGUUUUUUACACCUAUUCUUUAAAAAAAAAACAGCAGGUGUUUGUACUAUUCUUGGUUUCAUAAGACACAUGCUGUGUUGUUCCAAGUUUGAGCAAGGUGUAAAUUUACACUGCUUUUGUAGGGUAUACAGACUGUGAGUUGUGCUUUGAGAUUUUUCAUUUUAUCAGAAACUACUUUAUUGCCCACAUACAGUGGAGAUUUUCCUUUGCCCCACUUAGACAACAAUAAAAACACGAAUACAGAGCACAUAAAACACCCAGUGGAUUUUACAAAUGUGUAAAUCAGUGUAAUAUAAAUAACAAUACCAUAUAAUACAUGCAAAAACAUUAAAUUGACGUGUGGCAUACCUAUAUAAGAUGUGAAUACAAUGCUCUAAUGGGGCUCAUACUGUACAUCAGAGUACAGGCCUUAUAGAGGAAAUGACAGGUCUGUUAAAAUAAUUUAGGGCCUGAGUGAAAUGAAGUGAAAACUUGAACAUCCCCUCUUUUAACCUCUGACGACGGAGGCUUGAGCUGGACAAUGAGAGUUUUUUUUUGUAAUCACGGAAAAAUGCAGAAGUUAAGUGUGAAUUAUGACUUUGUCUAUCUACAUUGUUAAAUCAUGUGGUCAGAAAACAUUGUCUUCUUAUACAUUACAUUUUUUGACACACACAUUCUACAAGAACAUAGCAAAAACAGUUUAAGUCAAACCCCUCUCACCCACAAACUUUAAUUUCUUUGAUUUUUUUUUCAGCAGGCUGUGUAUUUUUAUCAUCGUAGGCGGGUUGUGUACAGACAAGUUGUUUUCUAUAACAUUUAUUAAAUUAAUACCAAAAGAAAA